ACGGGAGGAGACACUUCUCGCCAUUCCGAGACACUCUUUGCCAGAGAAAGAGCCUACCGAGAGACGGAUGAACGGAGAGAGAAAGAGAUAUGGAGUGAAAGGAAGAGAGAGUGAAAGAGAGAGAAAGAGGAAGAGAGAAAGAGAGAUCGAAGCGAAGAGAGGAACCACGGACGGACGGGACGGACGAUGGAAAGAUCGGAGAGAGAUAGAGAGAGAGAGAGAGUGAGAGAGAGACAGUCGAGACGACGGAGACGUAGAGAUAUAGAGAUAGAGACCUAGAGAUAUAGUCGAUGAUACGUGUACAUAUAAAUAUCUAUAAAUACUCGUAAAAAGAGGGUGUGUGCGCAAGAGUGAACGAGAGCGAUCGUGAUACAUGGAGAGAGAGAAAGAGAGAGUGAAAAAAAGUGAGAAAGAGAGACAGUUCAGAGACGCCGAAGAGGGCGGCACGACCCUGCCUUUAGAAGGAGAUAGACAGAUUGACGUCUCGCGAGAGUAAGAGAGGAAGAGAGUGAGAGAGGGAGAGAUAGAGAGAGAGAGAGAGAGAGAGAAAGAGAGAAAAAGAGAGAGAUACGCGGUCGGAUAACAGAGACAGGGGGAGAAGCAAGAAGUUGAUGUUCUUGUUUGUUUGGUUGCAGGAGUUGAUGGGUGUGGAUGAGCGGGUGUUUGCGUGCAUGUACUGCGGUGCCUCGUUCCUCCACCAGAGCAAGCUGACCCGGCACAUCCUAUCGCACAGCCUCGAGUCGCUCAAGUACCGCGAGCAGGCGCACCUGCAGCUGCAGGCCCAGCUGGGCCUCGAGGCCGGGGCGGGCGGCAUGCACCUGGCCGGCGAGGUCCACUACCCGGGGCCCGGCCCGGUCGAGCCCGUGGACCUCGAGCUCGCCGCCGUGCACUCGGACCCCGCCUCCGGUGUGGUCCUUUGCAAGUUCUGCGGCAAGUCCUUCCCGGACGUCGGAUCGCUGAUAGCCCACCUGCCGGCCCACACCGGGGACCGGCCGUUUAAGUGCGAGUUCUGCGGCAAGGCGUUCAAGCUGCGCCACCACAUGAAGGACCACUGCCGGGUCCACACCGGCGAGCGGCCCUUUCGGUGCACCCUCUGCGGCAAGACCUUCUCCAGGUCGACCAUACUGAAAGCCCACGAAAAGACACAUUACCCCAAGUAUGUGCGCAAGUUCCUGUCCCCGAGCCCCGUCGACCCCACCGAGGAGGAGGCCCCGCCCCCGCCGCCCCCGCACCACUGA